AUGGCAUCCUGUGACAGAGCCCCCAGGGCUUGCUUGGCGUUCCAUCGACCUGCUCAAGAAGGCCGAAAGCUUCCAGAUUUACGAAGAAGAGCCCCGACUGCCUUCCCGAGGAGGUCGGUCGAUGGAACCUCCAGGCUUAGGAGAAGUGUAUCGGAAGAGUCGUUGGUCUCUCUCUUUUCCUUCUUUCGUUUCUUGAGUUUGCUCUUCCAAAUAUGUCUCCUCCUCCUUUCUUCCCCCCCCCCUUCAGUUAAAAUAGCCACCAAGGCCAAUCCGUGGGAUGGCAAAACCCUGAAGGCCCAGAGCGUCCGCUCCCAGCUGGACGAGUCCCUUCAGCGUCUGCGGCUCCCGAGUGUGGACCUCUUCUACCUCCACGCCCCAGAUCAUGAGACCCCCGUGGAAGAGACGCUGCGGGCCUGCAAUGAGCUUCACAGAGAGGGGAAGUUCAAAGCGCUUGGCUUGUCCAAUUACGCCUCUUGGGAGGUGGCGGAAAUCUGCACCCUUUGCAAAGCCCACCAAUGGCUACUGCCGACGGUGUACCAGGGCAUGUACAAUGCGACCACGCGGCAGGUGGAGAAGGAGCUACUCCCCUGUCUCAGGCACUUCGGAAUCAGCUUCUACGCUUACAAUCCUCUAGCCGGAGGGCUCCUGACGGGGAAAUACAAAUACGAAGACAAAGACUUAAGCCAACCACCAACUGGCAGGUUUUUUGGGAACGACUGGGCCAGAGUCUAUCGGGACCGGUAUUGGAAGCAGCACCAUUUUGAUGGAGUGUCCUUGAUCCAAAGCGCCCUCCGUGAAGCGUAUGGCGCAGAUCCUCCCACUUUGACCUCCGCUGCCCUGCGCUGGGUCUACCAUCACUCAGAACUGCAGGAGAAAUACGGAGACGCUGUGAUUAUUGGCAUGUCCAACAUGGACCAGUUGCAGGAAAAUCUCCGUUCCAGCGAGGAGGGGCCUCUCGUCCCGAGCGUGGUGGAGGCCUUCGAGAAAGCCUGGCAUCUCACGGCCCACGACUGCCCCAACUACUUCCGCUGAAGGCGUGGCCAAGGGGCAGAGUGGGGUCUCCAUUCUUGGGUAAAGCGGAAUUAAAACGGCGCCUGCUGCAGGCACGAA